CUUAAAUUGUCUUGUACUUUGACAUGAACACCAUAACCAUGAGAUCGGCUUUAUUUCUACUGCUGAUGGGUCUCUUGGCCAAUGGACGAGAGUUACUCUGGCAAAACUACUAUGAUCAGCCUCUUGAUUUUAAGUGCCCUCCAGGACAGUCAAUAUCCCACAUAAAGAGCCAACAUCAUAAUAUAUACGAGGACAGGAUUUGGGAGUUUGGCUGCAAAGACACCUUCGACUCUGCUACAGACUGUUUCUCGUCCCCUUACGCCAAUGAUUUUGACCAACUGCUACACUUUGAGUGUCCACCAAACUACAUCAUGACAGGAAUGAGCAGCUACCACAACAACUACCAUGAGGACAGACGGUGGCAGUUUCACUGCUGUAGAAGUAGAGGCCUGUAUACUGCUCACUGCAAGUGGACUACUUAUGUGAACUAUUUUGAUGAGGCCUUUCACUGGACUGUGCCAAACCUAAACUACCUGGUGGGUGCUGAAAGCUACCAUUCAAAUAUGAAAGAAGACCGUCGCUGGAUGUACCAGUAUUGUGCUAAAGUGUGGCCAACCAUGUUUUAACAUUUACAGACAUUCUGUACUUCAGAUGAAUGUAUGUGUGUCAAACACCUGACUGUGUGUAUAAGUAAAAAAUAUGGGAAAUGGAACUAGACAGAUGACUAGUUAGAAUUUUAAAGUUAGAAACAUUAAAACAAAGUCUCCUCUAUACCCAGUAACAAAACAGUCUACCUAUGAAGAACCAAUGAAAUUAAUGUCAUUAUGGCAUAGUACCCUAUUGUAUAAAAACGGUCGUAUCAGUAUUUUCGGGGGGAUUCUCAAUGGAAUUUAUCUGAGAUCCACUGGCCUUGUUUUUACUUGGGAGAUUCUCUGAGUAUUGCUCGAGAACUCUCCUGGCCGUAAUUAAAAGCAUUGAAAAGACA